AUUCCAACCUUCUAGAUGUACAAUAAACAACCCAAUAAAUGUUCAAUUUCCUACUCCUAUAAUGGAGUAGUGAGGACUGAAUUAUAGUAUUUGCAACUACAACUCUUUAUUUCAUUACCAAACAGCAAAUAAAAAUAAAAUUAAAAAUAAAAAACCGGCGGGCCUUCUGACCCAUAUUUCUAGAUCAAGGGCUAAAUAUGGGUAUCAAGAUCCAUGGGAUUCCUCACGGAGCUACCCUCCGGGUUUUAGCGGCAGCUAAUGAGAAAGAGCUUCAAUACCAAUUGGUUUAUGUCGAUUUACCCUCUGGGGCUCACAAACAACCAUCUUUCCUUUCUCUUAACCCUUUUGGUCAAAUUCCAGCUUUUGAAGAUGGAGAUCUCACUUUAUUUGAAUCAAGGGCAAUAACAAAAUAUAUAGCACACACCUAUGAAGAAAAAGGAACACCUCUUACAUACAAAACAAGGAAACAAAUGGCAGAUCAAGCCAUUUGGAUGGAAGUAGAGGCUCACCAAUUCGAUCCAGUAGUAAGUAAACUCGCACGAGAGCUUGUUUAUAAUUUUUACUUCAACAAACCGACUGAUGAAGCAAUUGUAGAAGAGAACAAGUCUAAGUUGGCUAAGAUUCUUGAUGUUUACGAGGCUCGAUUGUCGAAAUCCAAGUACCUAGCCGGAGAUUUAUUCACCUUAGCUGAUCUGCAUCACUUGCCUGGUUUACAAAGCUUGAUGGGUACUCAAAUUAGCAAGUUGUUUGAGGAAAGGCCUUAUGUGUGUCAAUGGUGUAAGGAUAUCUUAGCUAGACCUGCGUGGGAAAAGGCUUUGGCAUUGCAGAAGCAAAUUUAGUGCUUUCUGUAUCACCAUCAUAUCCAGUAAAUUCCGCUGAAGGGUGUCUUAGCUAGGCCUGCUUGGGAUAAGGCUUUGAGUUUGCAGAAGCAACUGUAGUGCUUUUAGUAUCAUCAUCAUCAUAUUAAGUGAAUUCUGCCGAGUAGCAUGGUUUGGAACCUUAUUAAGUCAUAGUAUUGGUCAUUAGUUUUUGCAUAUGUUGUAAUGUCAUGAACCAUGUUGUGUUGUUUUACUUUCUAUUUGAAUAAUGCCUCUUUAAAAGUUGUAAUGUAUGUUAUCUAUUACAGUCCGUUUGAUUGUUGGCAAUAAACAGUGAGAAUGGUAAUUAUGAUUUUGUGUAA